AUGUCGAAUAUGAAUCCUGCAUAAUUUGAACAUCGGAUAUUGCUAUGUGAAUUUGUCUUUACCUAUUAAUGGCCCCUGUACAUCUUCCUGUUGGCGCUACUACACGUUUUGUACCGGUGAACGUAGUGUUAUUCUAAACAUAUUCUUCAACAGGCCUUUGAAAGCAAUGGCUAAAACAUCUUCAGGACAGAAUAUAGCAGGCCAAGUUACAAAGCAGACGUUACGUGGAAUAAAAAAUGGUUCUAUAAAAAAAGAUAAGAAAUCUAAAUUUAAAAAUACUCCUGCUGGCAAAGUAGCUUUGGUAGAUAAUGUAAAAGCAAAGAAUAAAAAUAUUACUUCUCAGAAAAUUUUCCAGAAAAAUACAAAUGUAAAGAAUAACCAGAAUUUACCUAAAGAAAAGUUAAAACAAUUAGAGGGAAAAGAAAACUCUUUAAAAAGAAAACAAAAUUCACCCAAGGGAAAGCAAAAUAUUCCAAAGGGAAAACAUACUCCAAAUGAACUACAAAAUAAAAAAAACAGUAAAAAAAAUAAUUUAAUACCAAAAAAAGUAUUAGAAGAAUUUGAUGAUUCUGACUCUGAUGACGAUUCAUUUAAUGAAGAAGAAAUUAGUUUUGGUGAUGAAACAUUUGAAGAUGAAGAAGAAAAUGAUACUGAUGUCCCAGAUAUCUUUGGAGCAAGUUUAGCAGAAAAUUCAGAUUUAGAUGAUGAGGACUUUGAAGAGGAAGAAGAAGGUGAGGAGAGUGAAGAUGAAGAAAGUGAAGAUGAAGAGGAUGAAGAUGUCAAUAUAACCGGUGAACAGGAAAUGGUCAGAUCCAAAGAUAUACAAUCAAGUUCCAAUUCUGAGUUUUGCGAAUUAUCUAAGGAUGAUAUUUAUGAUGAUGACGAAGAAGAUGAUGAAGAUGAUGAUGAUGACAACGAUGAUGAUAAUGAAAGUUAUGAAGAUAUGGAUAUGAACGAAGUAGAUACUUCUGUAUCUCAAUCUGAUGAUGAAGAGGAUGAGGAUGAAGAUGAGAAUGAGGAUGAAGAUGAGGAUGAGAGUGAAGCAUCUGGCUUAAAAGCACUUUUGGGAAAAAGUAUGACAGAUGAUGAUGAUGAUGAAGAUUUUAAUGAAGAAGAUGAAGAUGAUGAAGAUGAUGAUAUUAGCGAUGAAGAAGAAGAAGAAGAUGAUGAUGAUGAUGAUGAUGAUGAUGAUGAUGAUGAUGAAGACGACAGUACAGUAAAAGUUGUACAAGAAAAAGCUAUAAAAAACAAAGUAACUAAGACUUCCAAUAGCAAAGAUGCAUCUGAAAAGAAUGAUCAGGCACAGGAAAAAGCAUUAUCUCCUGAAGAACAGCAAGAGAUUAACAAAAGAACUAUUUUCAUCACCAAUGUUCCAAAAGAAACAAAAGAAGCAAUUUUGAAGAAAGUAUUUGGUCAAUAUGGGCUUAUUAAUAAUAUACGUUUUAGAGGUAUUAUUCCAAGCAAUUUAAAAACAUCCAAGAAAGUUGCUGCUAUUAAGAAAGAUAUUCAUCCAGAAGUACAUACUCUUAUAGUGUACAUUAAUUAUAAAUCUGAAGAAUCUGCAAAGAAAGCACUAUGUAUGAAUGGAAAGAAAUUCGAAGGAAAUUAUUUAAACGUAACAAUUGUUGCUAAUUCGAAAGGAAAGGAAUAUGAUAAUAAAAAGGCCGUAUUUAUAGGAAACUUGAAAUUCGGUAUGGAUACCAAUCCUAUCUGGGAACUAUUUAAUAAAUGUGGAGAAGUAGAUUCUAUACAUUUAAUGCGCGAUAAAAAAACUGGGCAGACUAGAGGAUUUGGCUAUGUUAACUUUAAGUCUGAGGAUGCUGUGGCUUUGGCUUUAAAAUUAGAUGGUACUGAAGUUAAUAAUCGACCAAUAAGAGUACACCCAAUAAAAGUUCAUGAUAAAGAGAAACAUCAGAAAAGAAACAGGGGAGGGUGGAAAAAUAAAAGCAGCCCUUUAAAUAAAAGCGACGAUAAUAGACCGUCAAAGAAAUUUAAGAACGACUCACAACAAGCUGUAGCACGUUCAAUUGGAGAUGAAGCGAAAGUUAAGCAAAAGAUGCCACAGAGAGAUAAUAUGAGUCCCGAAGGGAAAAUAGCAAAGUCUUUUCAAGGUCAGAAGAGCGAUAUGAAAAACAAGAAGAAAGGAAAUAAAUUUAACAAAAAGAAGAAAGAAUUGGCAGGCAAACUCAUGGCUAAACCGAAAAAACAAAGAUCUUAAAUCAAGACGUAUUAUAAUUAAUGUAUAACUCUAAUAUUAUUACAUAUUUUAUUCUACAAUUUUUUAUUGGACACUAUAUUAUAUGAAAUAUCACUUAAAAACAUGAUUUAUCUCGUGUAUGUUUAUUUAAUAAGAUAAUCAAAAAUACAUUAUUACACUUCCAUGUAAAAUAUUGUGUUCAAAUUCUGAUAGAAAAUAGUUUAUUUUAAUUGUGAAUUGUUGCACUUCUAUAAAUGGAUUUCAUCAA